CGGUGGCAUUCGUUGUUUGACUUGUUUCGUUUUGGCGUUUCUCUCUCUCUCUCACUCGACCCUUCGAUUUCCGAUCGCAAAUCUCCGAUCUCCGGCUUGGAUUCUCUGUUUCCCCCCGGAGAGGCUUCCUCGUAGCGAUGAAGAAAGGUCUCGAAGUCUUCGAUUUCAACGAAGAGGACGAGCUCGCCGAGUCCGCUUCUGGAAAGUUGCUGGAAAAAUUCACAAACCCUAGCCCGUCCAUUUCUCCGGUUCUUCAACGCCAACGAGUCCAAAGCGUUUGCCAAGACAAAUCUGCUCAGAAAGAAGAGCUGGAAGGUGCAAGCUGUGCAGAGGCUGCUACUUCUGUAGUCGAUGGUCAUUGUGAAGAUGCUCCUGCUUUAGUAACAGAAGCUGAGGAGUCCACCAGAGAUCAUUUGAUGGAGACAGAUGUGGAUCAUGAUAAUCAGGGAUUGAUGUUUGGUUUGAAUACUGAAGACCAUGUUAAAGAAACAGAUGUAGAUCACGGACGGGGAAGUUACUCUUGCCAGCCAAGCGCGAAAAGUUUCUACGCCGAAACUUCGUCUUAUAGUCAACCCCAGCUGGACUCGCCCCUUUCGGAUUCUUCGUCCAGUGAGGAGCAAACUGAUAUGAUGUCAGCUAUUGAUGAAAGUUUGAGUGAUCGAUCCGCAUUGAGUGAUGCUUCUGAUUCGGAAGGUGAUGAAGAUUGGGUGGAUGAACGUUGCUCGGAUGAUAUUGAAAAGAUUGACAGAAGCACGACUGUUAUCAUGAUUCCAGAGUAUGUUGUACUUAAGGAUAUGCCUUGUGCUGCAUCUCUGGUAAUCUUUUCAUGCAAUGGCAUCAAAAUAAAGAGUUACCUUGAAAAUAAUGAAGACGGGCCAAAAUGUGAAUUUGGAGUUGAAGACAUAGUUAGUAUUCAGUACAAUUGGUACCAAAAUGUUGGACUGAUCAUUCUCAGAAUUCGAGUUGUAUUAAAGGAUGAAAAAUGCCAGGAAGAUAUGCAACAGACCACAGAUAUUGAGGAGUUAAAGUUUGCAGUUAAAGAACACAAUUGGCCUGAGAAACAACGACAAAUCAACUUGCUGCAUGUGAAAUACCCGGCUGUAUGGAGCGCUGACCUCGAUGAUGACGUGGAAGUAUCAGGGGAAAACUUGCAUCAACAGAAGCGUUAUUUUCCACGCUUUGAUGAACCAUUUGACGAAGUUAUCUAUCCAAAGGGAGAUCCAGAUGCUGUUUCCAUUUGCAAAAGGGAUGUUGAGCUCUUGCAGCCAGAGACAUUUGUAAAUGACACAAUCAUUGACUUCUAUAUUAAUUAUUUGAAGAAUCAAAUUCAACCGGAGGAAAGACAGAGACUCCAUUUCUUCAACAGCUUUUUCUUCCGUAAACUUGCUGAUCUCGACAAAGAUCCAUCGAGUAUAGCUGAUGGAAAGGCUGCUUUUCUACGCGUCCGGAAAUGGACAAGGAAGGUGGACAUGUUUGGGAAGGACUACAUUUUUGUGCCGGUGAACUUUAAUCUUCACUGGAGUUUGAUAAUCAUAUGUCAUCCUGGUGAAGUGGCUAACUGUACAGAUUUGGACUUCGAUGACUCCACAAAAGUACCGUGCAUAUUACAUAUGGAUUCUAUAAAAGGGAGUCAUGCUGGGCUUAAGAAUCUAGUCCAAAGUUACUUGUGCGAGGAAUGGAAGGAGAGGCAUAAGGAGACAUCAGAUGAUAUUUCUUCCAGAUUCAUGGAUUUGCGUUUUGUUUCACUUGAGCUGCCACAGCAAGAAAACUCAUAUGACUGUGGCCUCUUUCUGCUGCACUAUCUGGAGCUAUUUCUUGCUGAAGCUCCCCAGAAUUUUAGUCCUUUCAAGAUAUAUAAUGCUUCCAACUUUCUCUAUUUGAACUGGUUCCCUCCUGCCGAGGCCUCAUUGAAGCGUACUCUAAUUGAGAAGUUAAUUUUCGAACUCCUUGAAAACCGUUCACGGGAAGUUAAUAGUGAACAGAACCAGUCGUGCAAAAGUCAAAUGCCCCUUAAUAACAAUACGGGAAUCGAGGUUCUCUCUGGGAGAGGGGGUGUAGAUCGUAAUGGGAGUAUGACACAGACGCAAGACGACCAGGGAAUUGAAAUGACUUUGCUUGAAAGAUCUUCCAUGAGGAACAUGCAAGCUGUUGAUGAUUCCGGUAUGGUUCUGAGGGAUUUAUUCGAUUCAGGAGCCAACAACACAGGAUCAUUACUUGGACAACUACAACAAACAUUCGAGGAACCAUCUUCAUUUUAUCAUCUGGGUAACAACUCAUCGGCAACAGAGCAAGUAGAUAUGGAGACUGGUGAACAGUUUAUGUGUCUGAACUCUGGAGAGGGAAACUUUCAACGCAUCACUGGAACUGCACCUCCGAGAGAAUCUCCAUGGAACCUCAGUAUGAUGCCGGUGCAGAAGGAAAGUGAAGCUGAUUCGUUAUCUGAAACCUCAAAAAGUAGUUCUAGUGAUUCAGAAGAUAUUUGUAUCAUUGAAGACUUCCCAAUCCCAAUGGAAAGUUUGUAUGAAGAAGAAACCGGCGAGAGUCCACCAAGAGAGGCUGUCUCUUUAUUUUCUGUAACCCUGGGUCCUAGCACUGACCACAACACCGAGAAUGAAGAGCUCGCAUCUACUCACGACGAGCUUGUGGUUGUGUCGAGUCAAGAUGACAGAGACGAGGCGAAGCAAUUUGAGAAUGAUCUUGGAAUUGGUGACAAGACGAGUGAUGAUCUUGAAACUGGGGACAAGACGAGUGAUGAUCUUGAAACUGGGGACAAGUCGAGUGAUGCUCUUGAAACUGGGGACAAGAGGAUUGAUGAUCUUGAAACUGAGGAUAAGCCGAGUGAAGAUCUUGGGAUAGUGGACAAGUCGAGUGGUGAUAGUGGAACUGGGGACAAGACGAUUGAACAUCUUGGAACUCCAGACAAGCUGAAUGAAGAACUUGAAGUAAAGGAAUUGACGAGUGAAGAUCUUGGAAUUGAGGAAAAGCCGAUUGAAGAUCUUGGAACUGAGGUCAAGGCGAAUGAAGAUGUUGGGGAUGACUGUGAUCAGAAGGAGAAAGAGCCAGUGGAGGAAGAAGAUGAGAAGCGAGCAGCGAAACGGCCAAGGCUAUCUUCCACAGACGAAGCUGAGGAAAUGGAGGAAUAG